CAUGACGGACUACGAGAUAGACGUUACAUCUAUAGCAUCCCCCUCUUCUGUAUUCAGCUGCAGCUCGGACGAAAUGCAGUCAGAGGGAACUCCUUCAAUAAUGGGAGGAGAAGGAGAAAUGAUAAACAGGAAAUCAGGAAACGGCAGUUCACGUAACCGGAAAAUCAGUAAAGAGAUAAAUGACGACGACCUUCAGCGUCUUCGCUUAAAAAUAAAUAGUCGGGAAAGGAAAAGGAUGCACGAUUUAAAUAGCGCUUUGGACGGCCUCCGCGAAGUGAUGCCUUACUCCCAUGGACCAAGCGUUCGAAAAUUAUCAAAAAUAGCUACUCUACUAUUGGCCAAGAACUACAUUCUAAUGUUACAAAAUUCAGUGGCCGAAAUGAAAAAAUUAGUAAGCGACGUUAGCAACCAUAGAGUUACAUCUUUUCCAACAAUAUCACCACCAACUUCAUUUGCCAAUCGAACCUCAACUACGAAAGGAAAUUGCCCGUGUGCCGACUGCUCUUCGACAAGUUCACCGAUGCUUUUACCACCACGUUUCGCACAUCCGGCCAUUUUUCCACCAAUUUCUUUAAAAUUACCAACAUCCAGUUCCCAACACAGUCCUAAUUUGCCUUAA